AUGGAACAACAAUGCUAUACUUGUUAUUUUGAUUUACCUGACCCAAAAUCAACAAUAGGCCCAUAUGAUAAUGAAUUAAGUUAUUUUAUGUGGGGACCCGGUUUUGAAUGGAAACCCGAACCAGUAGUAAAACAAAUAUCAAGAGACGAUACUUAUGAUGAAAUUGAGGAAUCAGAAGAAUCCGAACAUGGAUUUGAAGAAUUAGAUGAAAAAGUUGAUAAAGAUGACAGAAAAAAAUAUUUUGAUGAAAAAUGCGUCGGUGGUAAAAUAAGCAUAGCAGAUGCUUCUUACAAUGCUCGAAAAUUAGGUUUAGCUCCAUCAAGUAAGGAUGAAGAAAAAAUUAGAGAAUUAUAUGGAGAGAAUUUAACAUUUGAUCAAUAUUUAGAAUAUUUAUCUAUGUCAAUUCAUGAUAAAGAUAAUGCCGAGCAAUUAAUUAAAAUGUUUGCACAUUUUGAUACCAAUACAACUGGUUUCUUAACCAAAAACCAAAUGAAAAAUAUUUUAGUUACAUGGGGAGAUGCUUUAACUGAGGAAGAAGCAAUGAAUGCACUUAAUGCAUUUUCAGAUGACGACAAAAUCGAUUAUAAAUUAUUUUGCGAGGAUAUAUUGCAAUAA